GGCGACGAGACAGGGAGGGGAAGGGGACGCGACGGGGAGGGGAUGCGACGGGGAGGCAAAGGGGACGCGAUGGGGAGGGGACGUGAUGGGGACGGGAAGGGGAGGCGACGGGGAGGGAAUGCGACGGGGAGGCGAUGGGGAGGGGACACGACGGGGAGGGAAACGGGAGGCGACGCGACGGGGAGGGGAAGGGGAGGCGACGGGGAGGCGACGCGACGGGGAGGGCUGCAAGGUGGCGGGGCGCCCUUCUAAGGCGCGAUUCGGGGGGCCAGGGGGGGCCUUCCUAGCGGGGCGCGCACAGGCACAGGGCAGUAGGGCACGCGCGGGUGCUAGGCAGUGGGGCACGUGCUGGCGCUGGGCUGCAGAGCGCGCGUGGGCGCUGGGCAGCGGGGCGCGCGCUGGCGCAGGGCAGCGGGGCGCGUGCUGGCGCAGGGCAGCGGGGCGCGUGCUGGCGCAGGGCAACGGGGCACGCGCGGACGCAAGGCAGCAAAGCGCGCGCUGGCUCUGGGCAGCGGGGCACACACAGGCACAGGGCAGCGGGGCGCGCGCGGGUGCUGGGCAGCGGGGCGCGUGCUGGCGCUGGGCAGCAGGGCACGCGCGGACGCAGGGCAGCGAGGCGCGCGCUGGCUCUGGGCAGCGGAGCGCGCGCUGGCUCUGGGCAGCGGGGCACGCGCAGGCGCAGGGCAGCGGGGCGCGCGGGCGCUGGGCAGCGGGGAGCGUGCUGGCGCUGGUCAGCGGGGCACGCGCGGACGCAGGGCAGCGGGGCGCGCGCUGGCUCUGGGCAGCGGGGCACGCGCAGGCGCAGGGCAGCAGGGUGCGCGCGGGCGCUGGGCAGCGGGGCACGAUGUCAUCCAAGUAG